UGAUCUUCAACCUGUUAAAGAGACAAAGCGUAAAGCUGAACCUAUCAGUGUACCCUCGGACGAUGUAGAAGAAUCUGAAAAGAGAAAAAAUAAAAAGAUGAAAAGAGAUGCCAAUGCCAAUAGAUACAUUAUCUUUAUUGGCAAUUUACCUUAUACUACGACCAAAGAAGAGCUUGAAAUCCAUUUUAAAUCAGCUGGAGAAAUCAAGUCUAUACGUCUUAUGACAGAUAAAAUAACUAAAAAGCCAAAAGGGUUUGCUUUUAUGGAGUUUGAAAAUGCCAAAGAUCUUAAUAAAGCAUUAGCUUUUCACCAUACACUAUUUAAAAAGAGACAAAUCAAUGUUGAAUUAACCGCAGGCGGUGGUGGUAAUAAGAGUGACGUACGAAAAGAAAAACUGAAAAAGAAAAAUGAGCGUUUAGCAGAAGAAAGAGUUAAAAAGCAUGAAAAAAUAAAGGGCGAUUUUAAUGAGCCCCAGUCUUCAUACCAAAUAGAUCUUCCUGAAUAAUAAACAAAGCCUAAUUAUUAUACAAUCUUUUUGUUGUACAGAUGAUUGUCUUUUAUUAUAUAAUAACUGAGAUUGUGUAUAUAUGAUAGUAUUUCAAGCUAAAAAAAAAAAUACAAGUAGUAUAAAUAGCCUUCUAAUAAAAUUAACAAAGUAGAAGAAUUUAGUGUUGAAGACAACAAAAGAAGGCAAUUGUUAUAUAA